GAUAGAAAUUCCCUUCUUGCCUACAUUUCACCUUUCAACUCUUUGAUUUCACUCAACAUCUAUUCUAUUCUUAUCAUACCAUCCAACCCAACUUGCCUUGACAUAUUAUUUAAACGAUAAAGGAAAACCUGCAACAUGCCUCGCUUCGACGACUCCGAUAUUGGAGCCGAUUUGACUCAAGUCCGCUCUCCUCGAGACAGCAGACCCAGCGUCGGCGGCAUCACAGCUUCAGAUGGCACGACCCUCCCCAUCCCCGCAGACCCUCAUCAAUCUCAGUCCGGUCGCCGGGAAAGUGAAGUCGUCGAAGUGCCAGCUACACGCAGCUCCAUCAGCGAUGCCACUCAGUACAUGCACAGCUUGAGCUUGCACCCGUCCAUGCGGGAGAAGCGUGGCUCACGAAACUCCUUCGGCACUUCGCUGCCUAUCCCCCGAUCUCCCCGGCCUUCCCGUCUUUCCUCUGUAAUCUCGGGCAAGGAUGCUGCCAAAGCUGCCGUCUCUCGCGAGCUCCUGGCCUCUCAGGUCCAGGAUAUGGCCAAGGAGAAAGUGGCCGCUGCCAAGAACAUGGCCUUCGCUUUUGAUAUUGACGGUGUCCUGGCUCACGGUAACCAAGCCAUCCUCGAGGCCCGCGAGGCUUUGAAGAUGCUGAACGGUGAUAACGAAUUGGGCAUCAAGAUUCCUUAUAUCCUCCUUACCAACGGUGGUGGUAAGACGGAAGAGGAGCGAUGCCAGCAGUUGACCGAUAUCCUGGAGAGCCCCAUCUCCGUGGAUCAAUUCAUCCAGUCCCACACUCCCAUGCAGGCUCUGUCUGAAUACUACGAGACGGUCCUCGUUGUCGGUGGUGAGGGAUACAAGUGCCGUGACGUCGCACAAAACUACGGCUUCAAGCACGUCUACACUCCCAAGGAUGUUCUUGCCUGGGACCAGGAAGCCUCCCCCUGGAGGAACUUUACCGACGCGGAUCGUGCCGGCGCUCACCCCGUCGACUUCCGCCGCGUCAAGUUCGAUGCUAUCCUCGUCUUUGCCGACUCACGUGACUACGCUACAGAUAUGCAGUUGAUCAUUGAUUUGUUGCUCUCCGAGAACGGAUACUUCGGUACCCGGUCCAAGAACCCCGAGUCCGGCAGCAUCCCCAUCUACUUCUCUCAAGGUGACAUGGUCAUGCCCACUCAAUUCAAGGGGCCCCCACGAUUGACCCAGGGUGCAUUCCGUAUCAGCAUUGAAGCCCAAUACAAAGCUCUGACCGGCACUGACCUCGAGCGAGUCGUCUACGGCAAGCCUGAAUUAGCCACCUACAAGUACGCCGACGAGGUGCUCCAGGCCUGGAUGGAAGAAAUUCACAACGAGAACCGUCUUCCUCAAAACGUCUACAUGAUUGGCGACAACCCAGCCUCCGACAUCAUUGGUGGCAACAUGUACGGCUGGAACACCUGUCUGGUUCGCACCGGUGUCUUCCAGGGCGGACCCGGCGAGAACGAUCCGAACAGCCCGGCUAACUUUGGCGUGUUCGAUAACGUUCUAGAGGCUGUCAAGGCGGUUGUGCGCAAGGAAUUGGGCAAGGAGUUUAAAUUUAAGUGGAAUGAGAAGAUCAACCCUGUUCUUCACGGCGGCGACGGUCUUUCUGCCGUUGAGUAAUUGUUGUUUUGUUUAAAAAGGUUUUUUUUUGAACUUUUUUUUCUUGUUUUUGGAGUGGCGUUCGGAACUACUACUACUACAGGAUGACAAUUCUUGAUGUUUUGACUCUGGUAUACAUUUCGGGUACAAAUUUGCAUGCAUGGAUAUCCACGAACUUUGACGAUAGAGAAUAUGAUAAGAUGCUUCAUUUUUCAU